AGUAUUGGUACCGCACGAUUUAUGAAGACAUUGCGUGGAAGACAUAAAGAUGGCUAUGUUGUUAUUAAACUAUUUAUCAAACCGGAAUCCGGCAUGUCGUUAUUAAAACAAGUCAAAAAGUUUAAUGAGGAACGUGAAGCUUUAAUUAAUGUACCCAACGCAUUUUAUUUCCAAAGAAUAUUGAAUACCGAUCGAGCAGCGUUACUUGUCCGCCAAUACUUAUACAGCAGUUUAUACGAUCGCAUUAGUACUCGACCUUUUUUAACAGUGAUUGAAAAGAAAUGGAUUGCCUAUCAGUUAUUAAAAGGCGUGGCGGAUUCGCAUGCUAGAAACGUAUAUCAUGGCGAUAUCAAGACCGAAAAUGUCUUGGUGACAUCCUGGAAUUGGGUCUUUUUAGUCGAUUAUGCAUUUUAUAAACCCACUUAUUUACCAGAGGACAAUCCCGCUGAUUUCUCCUUCUUCUUUGAUACCUCGUAUCGAAGAACA